AUGUUUGAACCUCCGGGGGAUACCCCCCCGGACGAUCGUGGGGCCUGUAGACCUCCACCCCCUAAAAGACACUAUUCCGGAGACGAGGUUUCGCGGAACAAUACCAGCGAGGACAGUGAUAAGUAUUAUAAACCAUAUUAUAAACAAGGAUACACACGUGUAUUCCCUGAGAGUACCAGCAAAGGUGAGUACUCUGUUUUUGUAGAAAGUACUAAAGACACCAAACUUGGGAACCAAAAUCCAAUAACACUUGGCAGCUUAUUCAAAAACGAAGUCAAGGGCGUGAAAAAUAUCAAACGAGUCAAUGCAAAUAAAGUGAGCGUAUUGUUUGAACAAACAAUAAAUGCCAAUGCGUUUCUUAAAAAUUCCGACUUUCAUACUAAAAACGAUUUUAAAGUUUACAUACCAGCUAGGGCCGUGGAAACAAUAGGAGUGGUAAGAUUUGUUCCCACAAGCAUAUCUAAUGAAGAACUGUUUAAAAAACUCUCCUCUUCACAUGAAAUUAUUGGUGUCAGGCGUUUUAUGAAAAGGGUGAACGGUGAAAGAAAACCAUUAGGUACAAUCAGCAUUACUUUUUUAACAGUUACAUUACCUGAAUGUGUAUAUCUAGACAUAUAUAGGUUCACGGUCAGUGAAUACAAAGCUCCUCUUAUGCAAUGUUACAAAUGUUUUAAAUAUAAUCAUAGUGCAAAGAUUUGCAAAUCCACUCAAAAAUGUUCUAUUUGUUCCAUGGAACAUCAUUAUUCCGAAUGCCCUGAAAAUUCACUAAUUAAGUGUAUUAACUGUGGAGAACCACAUGUUGCAGUAUCUCGGGACUGUAUAUUUAAAAAGAAAAAAAUUGCUGAAAGAGAUGCAAGGCUCUCUAGAAUGUCGUACUCACAAAUUAUUAAUACGCCUAAACUUAUGAAUUCAACAGAAUUUCCUAGUUUACCUUUAACAAAACAUACAAAAGCACCAGCACCAACACCGAAACCAGAAAUAACACAAAGUAGCACAAACAAAAAUAACUCUAGACAUGAAAAACCAAAAGUACAGGAAGUUAAAACAAAGUUGACCAAUUUAGAACUAAUUGAUCAAAUAAUUGAAAGUGACUAUGUCUUAAAGGGUUUAGUAGGGGCAGUGGUGUCCAUUGGCAAUGAUAACCCCCUCCUCGAGGAAGUAGAUUUAAGUGUAGGAGACUGA